UGGGCAAAGCCGAGCCGUGCGCGCGCCGCCGCCUCUUCCGCGUUCAGUGACGGAAGUGCACAGAUCCGGACGGACCCAAACACACUCGCUUAUUCAUUCAAUCUUUCAAUCUUUCGUUCACCGGAGGGAAAUAAAGCCGCUAUGUCUUACGAGCUGAAGCGCGUGUUUGCCAGCCUGCCGCACAUGGAAAGGGGCGUGGCCAAAGUCCUGGGCGGAGACCCCAAGGGGAACAACUUCCUGUACACCAACGGCAAGAGUGUGAUCAUCAGGAACAUCGAGAACCCUGCGAUCGCAGACGUCUACACCGAACACCCGCAUCCGGUGAUCGUGGCGAAAUACUCUCCCAGCGGAUUCUACAUCGCGUCCGGCGACGUGUCGGGGAAAAUCCGCAUCUGGGACACGACGCAGAAGGAGCAUCUGCUGAAGUACGAGUACCAGCCGUUCGGAGGGAAGAUCAAGGACAUCGCCUGGACCGAAGACAGCAAGAGAGUGGCCGUGGUGGGGGAGGGGCGAGAGAAGUUCGGCGCGGUGUUCCUGUGGGAUUCGGGCUCAUCUGUCGGAGAGAUCGUGGGUCACAGUAAGAUCAUCAACAGCGUUGACAUUAAACAGACGAGGCCGUAUCGCUUGGUCACGGGCAGCGACGACAACUGCACCACCUUCCUCGAGGGCCCGCCCUUCAAGUUCAAGUGCACCAUGAGCGAUCACAGUCGCUUCGUGAACUGUGUGCGCUUCUCUCCUGACGGGAACCGCUACGCCUCGGCUGGUGCCGACGGACAGAUUUUCCUGUACGAUGGGAAGAGCGGAGAGAAGCUGGGAACUCUGGGAGGAGAGAAGGCUCACGACGGGGGCAUUUACGCUGUGAGCUGGAGUCCCGACAGCACGCAGCUGAUCUCCGCAUCGGGGGACAAGACGGUGAAGCUGUGGGACGUGGGCACCGGGACAGGGGUCACGACCUUUAACCUGGGCUCAGAUGUGCUGGACCAGCAGCUGGGCUGCCUGUGGCAGAAGAACCACCUGCUCAGUGUCUCUCUGUCAGGAUUCAUCAACUACCUGGACAAGAACAGCCCCGACCGGCCCCUGCGCACCAUCAAGGGUCACACCAAAUCCAUCCAGUGUCUGACGGUUCAUAAAGCGGACGGCCGGCUGAACAUCUACUCCGGCAGUCAUGAUGGACACAUUAAUUACUGGGACUCUGAGACCGGAGAGAACGAGCAGUUCCUGGGGAAAGGCCACUCUAACCUGGUGUCCCGGAUGGCGGUGGACGACGCGGGUCGCCUGGUGUCCUGCAGUAUGGACGACACCGUCCGCUACACCGACCUGAGCAAGAGAGAGUACAGUGGGUCUGAUAUGAUCAAAAUGGACAUGCAGCCGAAGUGUGUGAGUGUCGGUCCAGGAGGCCUCGCCGUCACUGUGUGUAUUGGACAGCUGGUCCUGCUGAAGGAUAAGAAGAAGCUCUUCACGCUGGACUCUCUGGACUACGAGCCCGAAGCUGCUGCCGUUCACCCAGGGGGCGGAGCCGUGGCUGUGGGCGGAGCCGACGGGAAGGUGCGCCUGUACUCUGUCCAGGGAAACACCCUGAAGCAUGAUGGGAAGGUGCUGGAGGUCCAGGGGCCCGUGACGGACAUGUGCUACUCGAAGGACGGGGCGUUCCUGGCCGUGACGGAUGAGAAGAAGGUCGUCACUGUCUUCACCGUCGCAGACGGAUACACGGAGAAGAGCGAGUUCUACGGCCACCAUGCGAAGGUGGUGUGUGUGUCCUGGUCCCCUGAUAACGAGCACUUGGCCACGGGCGGGAUGGACAUGAUGGUGUACGUGUGGACCGUCAGCGACCCCGACAAGAGGAUCAAGCUCCCAGACACCCAUCGGCUGCAUCACGUCAGUGGUCUGGCCUGGCUGAACGCCAACACACUCGUCACGACGUCUCACGACGCCUGCAUCAAACAGUGGACUCUGAAGAUCUGAGACUCAGACCAACACAACACACUCUCGCUCUCGCUGUCUUUCUGUCGCUCGUCCUCUUUUCCUCCGUCUGUUCAUCACUGCUGCUCUCGCGUCUCCGGCGGGUCCGUGCGGAAGCGCAUUCACACCACAUCUGGAACUGGGGUUAUAAAGUUGAAAUUGUAAUAUACUUAUAAUAAAAUAUAACAAAAUAUUAUGUAGAAAUUGACAAGUCUAGAUUAUUACAUACUAAGAUGAAAUUGCUAUGAAGUUGAAAAUGGCUUAAAGUCAUAAUUAUGUUUAUAAAAUUUUGACCUAUGUCAUAAUUGACUUAGUCGGAAUUGCCUUAAGUCAUAAUUAC